AUGUCGUCCAAACCUGUGCUGUUUACCCCUAUCCAAGUUGGCAACGUCCAGCUGAAGCACCGGAUUGUGCUCGCGCCACUUACGCGCAAUCGGUCAUCGCAGAAGGAGCAUGUUCCCACCAUACCGCUCAUGCAGGAGUACUACGCGCAACGUGGGAGCAUACCGGGGACACUGUUGAUCACGGAGGCGACAUUUAUCACCGCAGAGGCGGGCGGAGACGACAACAUCCCCGGAAUAUGGAGUCCAGCGCAGAUCGAGGCGUGGAAGAAGGUCACAGAUGCAGUUCACGGGAAUAAAUCGUAUAUUUACCUUCAGCUCUGGGCGCUUGGGCGAGCUGCGACACCCGCCACGCUGCGUGAGGACGGCUACGACUUCGUUGCGCCCUCGCCAAUUCCUAUGAAACCGGACGCCAAAGACAUCCCUCGCGCGCUGACCGUCCCCGAGAUCAAACAGUAUGUAAAGUGGUACGCAACCGCCGCACACAACGCGGUGCACCUCGCGGGAUUCGAUGGGGUCGAAGUGCACAACGCAAACGGAUAUCUCCUCGACCAGUUCGUUCAGGACGUGAGCAACCAGAGAGACGACGAGUACGGUGGUAGUAUCGAGGCGAGGAGCAAGUUCAGCCUUGAAGUCGUCGACGCGGUUGUAAAGGAGGUAGGGGCGGAGAGAGUUGGUAUACGCGUCAGCCCAUGGAGUAUGUUCCAAGCUAUGAAAAUGGCCGAUCCAAUUCCUCAGUUUACAUACUUAAUAUCCUCGCUCCUAAAAUCUCAUCCAAACCUUGCGUACCUGCACGCUAUUGAGGCACGCGCCGGUGCCCCACCGCACGAGUCGAACGAUUUCCUUCGCCACCUCUGGCGUUCCAAACCCGACGAAGCGUUCAAGCGUGUCUUCAUCAGCGCCGACGGAUACAAACGCGACACGGCCAUUGCACGCGCGGAGAAGGACUCGGAGGAUGGUUUAGUGGCGUUUGGAAAGGCUUUCCUUGCAAACCCCGAUUUACCUUUCCGGCUUGAAAAUGACCUUCCUCUCAAUACAUGGAACUUUAAGACGUUCUUCAGCCGGGCACACCUUCCUGGGACUGAGAUUGGGUACACGGACUACCCAUUUUCGUCAGAGUUUCUUAACUCGGCUAUCUCUGGGAUAAACCCUACAGUUCAACCUCCGGAAAAAGAACUGGAGAAGAGUAAUUUGUAG